AUAAUAGCAUACUUUUUGCUCUUUUUAGAGGUGUCAAUAUGUAUGCAAUGCUGGUUGGUAAGCUACCAUUUCGAUCUCCAAGACAAGGAACAAAGAAACGACAGAAAUUACUAGAGCAGAUCAGUGCAGGAAUAACGGAGCACCAUGAGAAAGAAAUGGAGCACCUUUCAAAAAGUGCUGUGAAUCUAAUAUGUCAUUUACUGCAACCAAACUCUUCCAGAAGAGCAUCACUUGAUGACGUCAUGCAUCAUCCCUGGACAACAAAAGAUGGAGCUCACCAGCUCAUUCCUUACGAAUAUACUCCACCAGACCCCAUCACACAAAAUCUGGUCAUUGAACUAAUGCAGAAAGUUUUAGGCGAAACACCAAGUCAGAUAAAGGAAACAGUCAAAAGGGACCGGUGUGAUUGGCUGGCAGCAAUAUACAACUUACUUAUGGAUCAACCAGAAGGAAGAAAUGUUCUCCAAAGAAUGAUCACAGCAGAUCCAAUUGAUAAGUUAGUAAGCUCUUCUGACUAUCAAACAACUGCAGAACAUCUCUCUCUAUCACAAGGAUACGGCCAUAGCCACCAUAGUCAAGAGCACAAUGAUGCCACAGGUAUAUUAAACAAGCCUAGUUUCUCAAUAAAGCACCACAGAAGCAAAGAUGAUGACCAACAGGCUCAUAGCAGGGCCGAAUAUGAUAUUUUAAGCAAGGCACCAGAUAGACGUAAGCAUCCAACAGUUGAUCACAAACCCCUCGGACUAUUACGCAAUGUGCACAGCGCCCUCUACCAAUCUUCGUCUUCAAACCACACCCAUCAUGCUGGUGGGAGGAGACUAAACAAUGAUCUAAGUCCACAUCAUCACGUCGAUAUGGGCGGGGUCACAAAAAGACACACCUCCCACCAUCACGACGAGUUUUACAUGGGAAUGGGUGGACUGGAACCGCCUCCAAGACCCCACUCUAGAAUGUCUGCCCCCGAGCCACUUCCAAUCCCAUUUCAAAAAUCAAUGCUAAACAAGAGCCUCUACAACUACGCCCCCUCAUCUAACGAGCAGUCACCAUCUGGAAGUCCCCCACCCACAAUCCUAACUCCAGAUAAUAUACAUCAAGAGAACAGCCCACAGACUGGGAAAGGUCUUGCUCCUACCAUCACUACUUCUUCCUCGAGGAGACGCUCGGCCGGAAACUUGAAACCUUUAAUGAAGAAAACCCUCUCGGCCUCAGUUGACACGCACCUGGAGCAAGGAGGAGGUGGAGGGGCUACUCCUUGGAAAGGAAAAAAGUGAGUAAAAGUGACAGUGACAUACAUGUACA